AUGAUUAUUAUUUAUGUGGAUAUAUUGCUGCUUAUAAUUUUGUUACUCCUCGUCAUGUUUACGUGUGGAUAUUGCGUGUAUCGCGUUCACCAGUUGCAACAGAAUGGUCAGGGGGCCAUCUUACUUAAACCAACAAGAGUGUUGUUUUCUCACAGAAAAGAAGGCGAAUCGAAUGCGGAACUGAGGACUGUGGUGGCAUAUCAGAAUCCUUUUACUGGUGACUACUGCGUACACAAAAGCCGAGUGGAACCAAAGGGCUAUAUAAAUUCUGUUCAUAUCCCGGACUCACCCGACAGUGGGGUGUCUGACGAAUAUGAACCUCUCAACCUGGUUCCCCAGGUGUGUGAAAGGGAUCCAAAUGUUGAGAUUGGCAAACGGGAGUAUCAGGAGCCGCUCAAGCAGAUGAACCCAGCGAUUAGUGACAACCGCGUGAACAAAACUUGGAACUGGAAUUACACAGAGUACCAGAUAUAA